UCCGGCUUCCGUUGUGCAAGAUUUGGCCCAAUUUCGCGUAAGUGCUCUUGCGGUUCGGUACUGCGUGGUGAUCUGGUGCGAGCGAGAGCUACCCGUGAGCGAAAUAGCCUUAUAUCCAGUGCGCAACCCGCGAGAUGGCCAGCCGGAUCGUGCAGAAAGGGAUCGGUGCACUCGCGCCGCAAAGAUAUGGCUCUCUCGCUUCGCCACUAGCCGUGCGCGGCCUGUCAGCGGUGACGCGAGCGCGCGAAUCUCGAGCGACAUCUUUAUCCAAGCGCUACACUCCAGUCACCACAGCAUCCUGCGGUUCUCUCGUCGCUAGUAACACUAACGGGCAGGUGCGCCACAAUUCGUCUUUGCCGAGCUCCGCCGCGAAGAUGUCCGGAAAUGCCAAGCUGCUGCACGAGAACCUCUGGGAUCAGGACCCGGAGCUUAUGGAUCUGAUACGGAAGGAAAAGAAGCGCCAGAGCCGGGGUCUGGAAAUGAUCGCCAGUGAAAACUUCACCUCCCUCUCGGUGUUGCAGUGCCUCAGCUCCUGCCUGCACAACAAAUACUCAGAAGGCUUGCCCGGACAAAGAUACUACGGUGGAAACGAGUUCAUCGACGAGAUCGAGCUACUGGCUCAAAAGCGAGCACUAGAGGCGUAUCGGCUCGAUCCUGAGCAAUGGGGAUGCAACGUGCAGCCGUACUCUGGUUCGCCGGCUAACUUCGCCGUCUACACUGCGCUAAUUGAGCCGCAUGGGCGUAUCAUGGGGCUGGACCUGCCGGACGGAGGCCAUCUUACGCACGGCUUCAUGACGCAAACGAAGAAAAUCUCGGCCACGUCCAUCUUCUUCGAAAGCAUGCCGUAUAAGGUGGACCCGACGACGGGACUGAUUGACUACGACAAGAUGGAGGAGACGGCCCGACUGUUCAAACCGAAGGUCAUCAUCGCGGGCAUCUCGUGCUAUUCCCGUUGCCUGGACUAUAAGCGGUUCCGUGAGAUCGCGAACCAGAAUGGUGCGUAUCUGUUCGCGGACAUGGCACACAUCUCGGGGUUGGUCGCUGCCAACGUGAUUCCGUCACCGUUUGAGUACGCGGACGUCGUCAGCACAACGACGCACAAAACCCUACGAGGACCACGUGCCGGAGUCAUCUUUUUCCGCAAAGGCGUUCGCAGCGUGAAACCGAACGGAGACAAAGUGAUGUACGAUCUGGAGUCGCGCGUGAACCAGGCCGUCUUCCCGGGGCUGCAGGGUGGCCCGCACAAUCACGCGAUCGCUGGCAUUGCGACCUGUAUGAUGCAGGCCAAAACGCCAGAGUUCCGCGCCUACCAGGAGCAGGUGAUUAAAAACGCGCGCGCCUUGUGCGAAGGGCUGCUGGAGAAGGGUUAUUCAGUGGCAACCGGUGGCACCGAUGUACAUCUCGUGCUGGUUGAUCUGCGUCCUGUUAGCAUCACUGGCGCUCGAGCUGAGUACAUACUGGAGGAGAUUUCAAUUGCAUGCAACAAGAACACGGUGCCUGGAGAUAAGUCGGCCCUGAACCCGUCCGGCAUUCGUCUCGGCACGCCAGCCCUCACUACACGUGGUCUACUUGAGAAAGACAUGCAACAAGUUGUGAAUUUCAUCGAUCGUGGGCUUCGCCUAUCGAAAGAAAUUGCGGCCGUGUCUGGACCGAAGCUGGUCGACUUCAAGCGAGUCAUCCACGAAGACGUCACGUUUAGCGCGCAGGUGCAGAGUCUGCGCAAGGAGGUGGAAUUAUAUAGCGAGCAAUUCCCUCUGCCUGGCUAUGAGGAUUUCUAAAAAAAUAAAAUAAAGAGCUUACACGUUAUAUACAUGCGGUACUGCUAUCCUUUCAGUCUUGCCAUGAUACUGCUUGGCUUGUUACAAUGAAUUGAUUUUUAAAAAAAUCAAUUUUUUGCUUUUUAUCUACAACGUUUAAAAAAAUAUCGGAAUCACA